CCAAAAAGUCAGGCCCAAUUUUUAUGCAAUUAAUUGUCGAUCUCCUUUUCAUUCAUCUGGGUUACGUUGUUUCUUUCUUAGGGUUCCCUAAACUUUGCUCUGUUUCGCCCUUUUCGUCUAGUUCUUCUGCAGAACACGCUUCCCAUCCCAUCCAGUUACAAGGGUGGCGUCUUCCCCUGUUCUCUGGCUUUCUGUUGAAUCAGUUUUUCCCUCGUUACAAAAACCCAGAAACGGAUUCGUCUCCCUUUGUCUCUAAUCUUCUCGUUGAUGGUAGUCGAGAGCUAUGGCGGCUGAGUCGAGCUUCGCCAGAAACAUACUCGAGUGUUGUUUGACCAUCCUCUAUGUCGUCUUCGCCUUCUGCUCUGCUCUCUUACUCGGCGCUGUCAAAGCUGUGCUAGUCGGGCCAAUUGCAGCUUCGAUACUGAUAUUUGGGAACAUCGGGGUCAUUCUUGGCACGUUCCCUUUACACGUUUUCUGGACAGUUUACAGCCUUGCCAAUUGCAAUAGAUUGGACGUGCUGCUGAAAGCUGCGCUGUUUCUUGUACUCCCGGCUCUGCUGGCCAUAUGGUUGGGUCUGAGCAUUGCUGGGAGCGUUCUGAUUGGGUUGGGAUAUGGGUUUUUCACCCCAUGGAUUUCAACCUUCGAGGCCUUCAGGCAUGGCGAUGGAUCCAAGAAACUUCGUCACGUUUUCGAGGAUGGGACAUGGGGAACUGUCCUGGGAAGCUGCACGGUGGUCAGGGAUUUUGCUGAUAUGUGUUACCACUCUUACUUGCUCUACAUGAAGGAGCUCCGUGAUUCUUCAUCCUCCCAUGAAGUUCGAACUCUUAGGCUGAUUCAUCUGCCUGGAUUCAUCGUAGCCGGAUUGCUGGGGCUACUAGUGGACAUCCCACUUUUCACCAUGAUAGCCAUCGUCAAGAGCCCUUACAUGCUGUUCAAAGGCUGGUUCAGGCUGAUCCAUGAUCUCGUCAGCAGAGAAGGCCCCUUUCUCGAGACUGCCUGCAUCCCAGUUGCUGGCUUGACCAUCUUUCUAUGGCCUCUCGCAGUUGCAGGCAGCAUCUUGAUGGCAGUCUUCUCCAGCAUCUUCAUUGGACUUUAUGCCUCCGUCGUGGUGUACCAGGAGAAAUCGUUCUUGAAAGGUGUGUCGUAUGUGAUAGCCAUGGUUGCCGAGUUCGAUGAGUAUACCAAUGAUUGGCUUUACCUCAGAGAAGGAACCUUCCUCCCCAAGCCCCGAUAUAGGAAGAAAAAGGCACAUUCUUCGUCUGAGCUUUCAGUUGGAGGGAGUACACGCUCCAGAUUCGCUUCUUCUGCUUUCACAGAGGCGCCUGCUAUGCUUGUUCCUAGCUUGGCUCCUUCCAGAUCAGUCAGGGAGACCAUUCAAGAGGUCAAGAUGAUUCAGGUAUGGGAGCACAUGAUGAAGACAUGCGAGACGAGAGGGAAAGAGCUGCUCGACAGCGAAGCCAUUAAGCUGUGCGACCUCACAGACUGGCUCAAGGCGAAGAGCGCCAGCAGCGGAGCAGUCAUCGGCGUCGGGCUGCCCUGCUACUCCAUGCUGCUGAUGAUGAUGAAUUCCAUCCGGGCCGGAUCAGAUGGAUUCAUCCUCCACGACGGCGUGGAGAUGACCCAUCUCAACCGCCCCAACGACGCCCUCCUCGACUGGUUCUUCCACCCUCUUCUGGUCCUGAAAGACCAGAUCAAGGCCAUCAAGCUCGAAGACGGCGAGGCCAGGUUCUUGCAGAAACUGGUCCUUUUCGGGGACGACUCCGUGAGGAUGGAUGGCUGGGAGAAUGGGAGCGUGGUCCCCCUUGAAGCCAUGCGAGCUGCUCAGAUUCAGGGCAUCAGCAGAAGGAUGAUGGGAAUGGCGAGAACUGUGUCCAAGUAUCCGACGUACAGGAGGAGGUAUCGACAAGUGGUGAAGACAUUGAUUGCGUAUUCGGCUGAGAAAGAUGGGGUGAGGUUGGGGGGAUCCAGUUCCAUGAGGUUGGUUGCAUAUUCUGCAGAAAGGGAAGAGUUGGGGAAAUCCAGUUCUGUGAGAUCAGUUGCUUGCAUCGAAGAAGUCUGAAAUGCCAAAAGUAAAAGGAAAGGGGGUGUGGAGUGAUUUUGUUUCCUUCAAUUUUCAUACAUUGUUUGUUGGUAGUGUGAAGGUUAGCAGCAUGUGAGAUUGUAGCCAACAUUUUGUAAAUUUAAAGAACGAUACAUUUGCAUAGUGGAAGAGUGGUUGGAAAAUGAGUUGGUUUGCAUUGACUAAUAUCAACUUCCAAUUAGAUGUCCCUAUUUCUUCUCC